AUGGUCGGAACCUUCUUCAUCCUCGGAGCAGUGCUCCUUGGCAUGAGGGCGACCGGCGCUCAUCAAUCAGAUGAGAGUCAGCACGCAAUCGGAGGCGGCGGAAAUGGGCCAGUGAGAUCGGUUAUGCAGAGUGCUCACCUAUCCGAUGAACGAAAGGGACCAGCUAGAAACAGCCCUGAGAGCGGAUCGAUGUUUCGCGAUGCAUACGGGAUGCCUAGAGAACAAGGUUGGGACCGGUUCACCAACUUCUCACGGCCACCAGCGUACAACGUUCAAGUUGCAGGACGCAAAUCGAGCCAAUACAGCAAAUCACUGCUCCCUCUGAAGUUUGAACCAUUUCCGCUUGGGUCGGUAAAACCGCUUGGAUGGCAGCGCCAGCAGCUGGAUCUGAUGGCUGAAGGCUUACCAGGAAGAAUGCAUGAGUUCUAUCGCAUGGUCACGGAUGCGCCUUGGAUGGGUGGACAUACGGAGUACUCACCUCUGAAUGAAGCCUACACCUACUACUACGACGGCGUGGUUCCGCUGGCAUAUCUCCUUGAGGAUGAGCGUCUCAUCAGCCAUGUCCUGAAAUCAACCAGGUACAUCCUUGACAACCAGCAGCAUGACGACGGUUGGCUCGGACCUGAGCAGGACACACGACGAAGAAACUUCUGGGGCAGAUAUCCUCUCUUCCUCGGGAUGAUGCAGCUAGCUCAGGCCGAUCCUGGCCAAGAGAAGGAGGUCAUUCGUUCCAUGCAUCGCUUUGUGGACCUCAUGCAUGAGAUGCUGCAGACAGGCUAUGAAGGAUACGUCUGGAAGCCAGGCGCUCUAUUUGACCAGCAGUGGGGCCGAUCGAGAGCCGCCGACAUGAUCUUGGUUCUGCAAUGGCUGUACGAGCAUCAUCCUCACGAAAAUUCUGACAAGCUGCACGAUUGCAUCGUGUGGAUGUACGAAAUGGCCUACGACUGGUCAUACUACUUCCAAGAGGGCGUAUUCCUGAAGCAGAACCUCGAGGACCAUCCCAACGAUCUUCUCGAUUCGCUCUUCCCAUACCUGCAUGUGGUCAACGCAGCUCAGGGUCUAAAGAGUCCAGCUGUGAUGCGUCGACUUACACACGACAACCACCUUGCCGAGAAGGCCCGCAUCGGUGUCGAUUGGACUUUCCGAUACCAUGGCACGCCAUCAGGAGCGAUCUAUGGUGACGAGAGGCAGUCAUCGCAACGACCAUUCCGUGGGACCGAACUAUGCAGUGUCGUCGAAUCGAUGUUCUCGCUGAACUACCUUCACCAAGCACUGGGUGAUGGCUCCUUUGCUGAUCGAUCUGAGGAGGCAGCAUUCAACGCUAUGCCAGCUAUGAUCUUGCCUCAUUGGUGGGCUCACCAGUAUGUCGCUCAGACCAAUCAGCCCGCUAGCCAUGAACUUGGUCGGACACCCUUCUGGAACGUUGGACCAUGGGGUCAGACUUUUGGAACCGAGCCGAACUACCCAUGCUGUGCAGUUCGCUUCAGUACAGGCCUACCAAAAUACAUUGCCUCUUCUUUCGUGCGUGAAGGUCAGGACCAUAUCGUGCACGCCCUGCUUGGACCCGGUGAGCUACAUACCACCCUACACCCAACGUCGAGUAGUGGCAAGGCCGGCAAGAACAAGGUCCAUAUUACUUGCGACACGAACUACCCCUUCACCCACAUCCUCACCUACACCGUUCAUCCGCAUGCGCAUCCCUUCCGCUUCUCGAUCCGUGUGCCCGAAUGGAACAUAGCCGAGCAGGCCGGCAUUCAACUCUUUCACUCGGGCAACUCCUCAAACUCAUCAGUCCUCCCUCUCACUCCCGACGCCCACACCAACCUACACACCCUUCUCCUUCCCGCCAACUCCUCGCCACUCACCAUAAAAGUCUGGUUCGGCGCCUCAGUCCGCAUCGAGCACCACGAAUCCGACACCAUCUCCAUCCACCACGGCGCCCUCCUCUACGCCUACGACAUCCCCGCAGAGUACAGAAGCCGCCCACCCGCACGCUACCAAUCCCCUGGCGAGGCACCCGACAAAGCCAGGGACUGGACCAUCACCCCGGCUGAGCAAUCCUCCGGCAACGACACCGAUGACGGCAGCGCCAUCGACUACGCGUGGUGGGCGCUCGCACUCGACCCCACGACGGCGCGCUUUCACGGGUAUAAGAAUCGCUACGACAAAGCCGGGCCGGGGAAAAAGGAUACUUUCCCGAACCCGAUUUGGGAGAGUGAUGCGCCGCCCGUAGGGAUCAGUGUCUUGGCCUGUCCGAUCGCGGAGUGGGAUCUGAACCCGGAGGCUGGUUGCAUAUGCCGCCCGAGGCGAGGCCAGGAAGUGUAA